AUGGAAGCACGAGUAACUAUUAUUGAUAAAAAUACCAUAGCUGAAAUAGUUGAUAUAAUAACGAAAAAAUGUGAUACGGGAAAAAAUUUACCUGCUUUCCGAAUGACGCGAAAUCAAAGAGUCGAGGCGUCUGCCGAUAGAACACUGGAUAGCGCGCGAACGGCCGACGGGACCGAAAGAAAAAACAAUUAUUGGAACGCAGUGCCGUCGACUAAAGAUGGCUGCGGCGGCUGCGAAUACGACACUUGUAUUGUAGAAACGACUGUGGAGACGACACUGUCCUGUAUCAACGACGAAGUGUUGACGUGGUAA